UUUCAAAUCACACCCACGCGUAUUCCUCAGGUCUGACCCAGCUGCUGUGGUACUACAACGACCUGGAGAAGCAGAAGUGUUACUCCCUCCCCGGCGGCUUGGCUGACUGGAAGGCUAACGGUGACGCUUGCAUGAAGUGGAGACGAUGGCAUAACCUCUUCGAAGCCUCACAGUCCCUCUUCUGGGCUGGCUUCGGCAUGGUCGGUCUGGACGAUUUCGAGCUCACCGGCAUCCGCGAGUACACACGAUUCUGGUCCAUGCUUAUGUUCGGUUCAUACUCCGUGAUCAAUAUCAUUGUGUUGCUCAACCUCCUCAUCGCUAUGAUGUCCAGUUCCUAUUCCUUCAUUGUUGAACACGCCGAUACGGAAUGGAAAUUCGCUCGCACCAAGCUGUGGAUGUCCUACUUCGAGGUGGGCAACACCCUGCCUCCUCCUUUCAACAUCUUACCGACACCGAAGAGCUUCAUGAGGAUGUGUGGCAAGAGCAGCCGCCAGGAGGAACUCGUUCGAAGGAUGUCGUCAAGGACCCACUCCCGCCGUCGCAAGGCCCGCGAUUACCGCUACCUGUCCGUCAUGCGCGCUCUCCUGUGGCGCUACGUGUGCUCGCUGCAACGCCGAAACGAAGAGCGCCCCAUCAACGAGGAUGACAUCAGCGAGGUCAAGGGUGACAUCUCGUCGCUGCGAUUCGAACUGAUUGACCUCUUCGGCGCCAACGGAAUGGAUGUCUCCUCUUGUGCUAAGAAGAGUAGGGCUGCCCUGGGCCGCAAGAUGCGCGUGUGGGAGCGACGGCUGAUGCGCGACUUCCACGUGUCUCCCGCCAUGGGCUCUGAGGAUCCUAACCGCGAAGUGAAGGAAGCGCCUGUCGAGGAGGGAGCCAGCAGCCGCUUCAAGCGCGUCGCCAAACUCGCCAUGGCCAACAAGCCCGCAGACCUGGCUAGCAUCGUGGAGGGAGCUGCUCGCGCGUCCCAGAUCGGCAGCGGCAACACGGAGGGCCGCGAGAACCUGAAGGAAGCCAUAGAGAAGGCCCGACGCAGGAUGGAGGAGGGAACGCCCGACGGCUCCCCAGGCUCCUCCCGCGGAUGCUCGCCCUUCCCCGACCUGUACACCGGCCCUCAUCUCCUGGACGCCAUCAAGAGCUUGGACCUGAGCCCCCACCAUUCUCCCGCCGAGACCCCCAUGCCUCCCGCCGACAGCAAGGGCUGGCAGCCCGCAAAGGAUGGCCAAGCCAAGGACCUGACCAAACUGACGGUGCCCGGACGCCGCUCGCCGACCUGCCUCAAGCGCACGGAGGGCUCCGGCAACGAGAACCUUAGCCUCGACGUCCCGACCAACGUGUUCUCGAAGGAUUCCAUCAAGAAGCUGAGCGGCAUGAAGAAGGCGGAGACGGACAAGAAGGACGCCGCCCCCUCCAAGCCCGCCGUGUUGGUGACGACCGUGUCCGAGACGAAGCCCUCCGCGCCAGUCAAGAAGGAGGACGCGAAGACGCAGAAGGAGAGCGCGCCGGCUCCCAAGGCCGCGGUGGCGCCGAGCCCGGGCAUGAUCAAGCCGAGCCAGAUUAAGGCGAGCGGAGUGCUUCCGACGAAGGACCAGGCCCCCGCCGCCGCGGCCAAGCCUGCCCCCGUGCGCAUCCCGCCGCCCGUGGCCGUCGGGCUGCGGCGCAUCGAGGGCGAGAGCGCCGUCCGCCGCCCCGUAGCGCCCCGCGUGCAGCAGGUGCAGCAGCAGCAGGCCUUCACCGGCUCCGAUGAGCUGGAGACGGUGGACUUUGUGCGGCGCCCAUCGCGGCUUCCGCCCAAGCAGGAGCCCAAGGAGGACAUCCGCAAGUCCGUCACGCCCACCAUCGCCGUGACGCCGUCCACGCCCGCACCCACCGAGACGCCCGUGCCGCCCUCGCCGCCCGCUAAGAUGCCUACCAAGUUUGCCAUCGACAAGACGCCGCCGCCCACGCCCAAGCCCGGCGACAAGCCCGCCGAGGACAAACCCGCCCCCGCCGCCGUCCCCAAGCCAGCCGCCAAGCCCGCGGCCGCCAAGCCAGCCGCGAAGCCCGCUGAGAAAGCCGUAGAAAAGCCGGUCGCCGAGAAGCCCGCCGCCCCUGCCGCCCCUGCCCCCACCCCCGAGAAGCCCGCUGCCCCGGCUGCCCCGAAGCCCGAGGAGAAGCCGGCCGCCGCCAAGGCCGAGGAGAAGCCGGCUGCCGCCAAGCCCGAGGAGAAGCCGGCUGCCGCCAAGCCCGAGGAGAAGAGCGACGCCAAGCCGGCCGCCGAGAAGCCGUCCGAGAAGGCCGCCGCCCCGAAGCCUCCGGGCGAGCAGAAGCCGGCCACGCCCCCCGCCGAGACCUUCAAGGGCAACUCGCCCACCAACCAGGCGGAGCCGCUGAUCCGCCAGAGCCAGAAGAGCGGCGGCGGAUGGCUCUGA